CAUAAAUUCCUCCCUACUACAGUCCCUUCCUAAAAGAUACUCACCUCAAUGUUCCUAUGGCUGCUUCCCCUCUUUAUUGGGUUAGCAUCUUCUCUCUUAUCCUCUUUGCCCUCUAUUUCCUUGAUUGUCUAUCCUAUGCCAGCCUUGACGCGAGCGCAGGCCGCUCGCCGGCCUCAACCUCCCAAGCCCGAUGCCUCUGUUACCUCCGAAAUAUCAAUCACUACGCCCCUCAAGUUCCGAAGUUACAACACCCAGCUAUCACCUGAUUUGGCCUCUCUUUAAAAUGAACCUGUGUAAAAAAGCGCGCGACUCGAGGUCUUCCUUUUCAUCACCGGCUC